AUGAGAUAUCAGGAACAGUGCUUUGGAGACGGGUUCAAGGAACCCUACUGUCUCCUGUUCCGAGAUGGAAUCGCCGCACUUCCCCUCGUCGCUUUUUGGAUUCUCAUUCCAAGUUACACCCGAAUAGUGAGGAAUAAUGAGCCCGAGUUGAGAGCUCCCAAAUACUUUUGGGCUCAUUUGAUAUUUCAAGUGCUUCUCCUCGUGGAUAAUGCCGUUUUUGGUGCUCUUUACUUCAAUCAAUCCGAUCAUUUUCUGCCGCUUCUCCGCUUCUUUCAAGUACUUUCUUACGCAAACUGUUGCAUCUGGUUCAGUCUCCUCUCGAAACGUCUUCACUCAAUUCAUCCGUCAUUUUGUUUCAUUUUCUUGGUAUUAUUAGUUCUCAAAGCGGUUCAACUUCUGAUUCUUGCAUUCGAAUCAACAGUUGACGCAGGCGUCAUCGCCGAAUUCGUUCUUCUCAUGGCUGAGACUGCACUUUUAUCGGGAUCGACAAAACGGCUCGCCGAAAAUGAAGAAAAAGCGAAACUAACACCCGAGGAGAAGAGUUCAUUCAUCUCGAAAAUCUUCUUCUGCUGGCUGAAUCCCCUCAUUCGAACCGGUGCAAAAGACUCGCUGACAAAUGAAAAUUUGCAUAAUUUAAAUCAGAAUGCCACGUCAGAAUGGUUGUAUACGAGGUGGAGAGAUGAGUUCAGGAAGGCCAAGGAGAAGAACCUCGGCACCGUCCGUGAAACAUCCAUCGUUUGGCCAUUUAUCCGCAUUCAAAAAGCCACCAUAAUCACCUUAACUCUUGCCAGACUCAUUGCCGAUGUCGUCCAUUAUCUUAAUCCUAUUUUGUUGAAACAGUUAAUUGACUACGUAUCUCUUCAUGACCAACCACUUUCUUUCGGAAUCGCAAUUGCGUGCAUAAUGUUUCUUUCAGCUACAACGAGAUCAUUGCUUCAGAAUUAUCAGAUUGCCGGAAUGUGCCGUCAAGCUGUCUACUAUCAAACCGUCCUAAGUAACGCCAUCCUUCACAAAAUUCUCAAACUAAGCCCAUCGGCGAGAUCCAACCGAACAGCUGGAGAAAUUCUUAAUCAUGCUGCAGUGGAUAUCGAGAUCAUCGUCCAUUCAAUACCCUAUCUUCAAAAUAUGUGGUCCGUGCCGUUUCAGGUCACUCUAGCCAUGACUAUGCUAGCCAUAACCCUAGGAUGGGCUGCCGGUGCUGGAGUCAUCAUUAUGAUUCUUUUCGUUCCUCUCAACUUCUUAACAUCAAGAUUUAUCAAAACGUCACAACAAAAGCAGAUGAAAAUUAAGGACGAGAGAACGAAAUUGUCUAAUGAGAUGCUCAAUGGAAUAAAAGUGGUGAAACUCUACGCUUGGGAGGAGUCAUUCGAAGAACAAAUCAACAAACUCCGUGCGAAAGAAGUCAAAAUGUUCCGAAAUGUGUGUAUUCUGAGUAGAAUCGUCGAUGUGGCCAACGCAGCGAGUCCUUUCCUCGUCGCCAUCGGAUCGUUCACUUGCUAUGUUCUGUGGUCUCCAGAUGAGAAUGGACUGACGCCUUCUGUUGCGUUCGUAGCUCUCGUGAUAUUCAAUCAGUUGAGACAACCGAUGAGAAUGGUUGCUAACUUGAUUAACACUUUGGUUCAGGCACGUGUCUCUAACAAACGUCUCCGUCAGUUCUUGAAUGAUGAGGAGAUGGAGAGCAAAACUGAGGUCGCUUUGGGAAAUGCAAUUGUAUUUAAGAAUGCCACGUUGAAUUGGAAAGGACCUAUGAAUCCACCAGUUUUGAGAGAUCUCUGCGCCACCAUCAAACCAGGUCAACUGAUUGCCAUCGUCGGCAGUGUUGGAGGCGGCAAAUCGUCCCUUCUCAGCGCUGUCCUUGAUGAAAUGGUUCUUCUGGAAGGUCGUGUAAAAAUUGGUGGAUCCAUUGCGUAUGUUCCCCAACAUUCGUGGAUAUUCAACAAGUCGAUCAAAGAAAAUAUACUAUUUGGAAAUGAAUACAGCAAGUAUUUCUACAAUCAAGUCGUUGGAUCAUGUCAACUGAGACCCGAUUUCAAACAUUUUCAGCAAGGAGAACAGACUAUGGUUGGAGAGAAUGGAAUAACCCUAUCGGGAGGUCAAAAAGCGAGAAUCUCUCUUGCCCGGGCGGUCUAUCAAGAGAAGGAUAUCUACCUGUUGGAUGAUCCAUUGUCAGCAGUUGAUGCACAUGUUGGAAGGGCACUUUUCGAUAAAGUUAUUGGUCCGGAGGGUCUAUUGAGGUCGAAGACAAGAGUUCUCGUCACCCACAACCUACAGUAUACGAAAUAUGUGGAUAGUAUUUAUGUUAUUGAAGAUGGUCAAAUCGUCCAACACGGAUCAUUCGAAGACAUUGCUCACCUCGAAGGUCCCUUUGGAAGACUAUGGGCCGAAUGUGAGAACCCAGAAGAGGCUGAAAAUGCUGAAGAACUAGAUGACGUCGUCCCAGAAGACGUGACACCUCCAGAAAUCAUUGAGAAGACAGAAGCUGUCAAGAAAGUCGAUCGUACCAAUUCUCACAUUUCCGAGAAAUCAGAAAAAUCACAGAAACCGGAAAAUCCGGAGAACGUUCAGCUGGGAAGAGUCAAGAAGAGUGUCUACAAUCUGUAUAUUCGGACGAUGGGAAUAUUCAACACCUCCGCCUUUUUCAUAUUCUUUAUCUCUCAUUUCACUGUUAUGAUCAUGAGAUCUCUAUGGUUAUCCGAUUGGUCGAAUGAGAAUGCAGAGCUGAAGAAAAGGGGCGGAGUCAGUGGGAAUUCAAGUUACGAAGAUGAGAUGAUCAGUGUGGAGACGAGAUUGAUUGUGUAUGCAGGAUUCGGAGGGUUGGAGAUGCUCCUCCUGGCCCUUGCCUUCACAGUAUUAACUAUCGGAAGUCUCCGUGCAUCUUACCGUCUCCAUGCUCCACUCAUCCACUCACUUCUCCGUGCUCCCAUCUCAUUUUUCGACACCACACCGAUUGGAAGAAUCAUCAAUAGGUUGUCAAGAGACCUUGACGUCAUCGACAAGUUACAAGACAACAUCCGGAUGUGUACGCAAACCUUGUUGAAUGCUUGUAUGAUCCUUGUUCUCAUCUCCAUCUCCACACCAAUCUUUUUGUUGUGUGCUGCUCCAUUGAUAUUGAUUUAUUACUUUGUUAUGAUCUACUAUAUUCCCACUUCGAGACAGCUGAAACGAUUGGAAAGUGCUAAUCGGUCACCGAUUUUGUCAACGAUCGCAGAGUCAAUUCAUGGCGCUUCUUCGAUUAGGGCAUUUGAUAAGACUGACAGAACCACCAGUGCCCUCGCCUCCAACGUCGACAAGUUCGCCCAAUGUCGUUACCUCUCCCAUAUGUCGAAUAGAUGGUUGGCCACUCGUCUGGAACUUCUUGGAAAUACUACAGUACUCUUUGCCUCUUUAUCUGCCACACUCUCCACUAAAUACUUUGGAUUGACACCCGGAAUGGCUGGUCUCUCGGUUUCGUAUGCUCUGACAAUCACAGAAGUUUUGAAUAUCUGUGUGAGAGCUGUCAGUGAAAUCGAAUCAAACAUUGUUUCUGUGGAACGAGUCAAUGAAUAUCAGAAGUUGGAACCAGAAGCCCCGUGGAUAGUUGAAGGAAGUUUAGAGAAUGAGGAGAAGUGGCCGAGUAAAGGAAAGAUUGAAUUGAACAAGUUCUCGAUGAGAUAUCGGAAGAAUCUUCCAAUGGUUUUAAAAGAGAUUGACUUGAAAAUUGAAGGAGGAGAGAGAAUUGGAAUUAUUGGAAGAACUGGAUCAGGGAAGAGCUCGUUGACAAUGGCUUUGUACAGAAUGAUCGAAGCAGAAUCUGGCACAAUCCGAAUCGAUGACGUGGAAAUCGAUUCGAUUGGAUUGCAUCAACUCCGUUCCAAACUCAUUAUCAUUCCACAGGAACCAGUCGUUUUCUCAGGAACACUUCGAUUCAAUUUGGAUCCAUUCAAUCAAUACUUAGAUGAUCAGAUAUGGAGAUGUUUAGAUAUUUGUCAGCUGAAACAAUUCGCUCAGGAAGAUGAAAAAACACUGGAUCGACAUAUUGCAGAGGGAGGCAAGAAUAUGAGCGUCGGUGAGCGCCAACUCCUCUGUCUCUGCCGUGCUCUUCUUCGGGGAGCCCGGAUAGUAAUCCUCGACGAGGCAACUGCUUCAGUGGAUACAGUUACCGAUGGAAUUGUUCAAAGAGCAAUUCGACAGCAUUUCCCCCAAUCAACGACUAUUUCAAUUGCUCAUCGUUUAGAUACUAUUGUAGACUCGGAUAGAAUCGUAGUUCUAGACGCCGGACGGGUAGCCGAAUUCGAUACACCCUCAAAUUUGUUGCUCAAUCCGGAUUCUCUGUAUUCUCAGCUAUUAAAUGAGAAAAAUAGAAAGCAAUAA